AUGCAACACGACCCGAGAUUGAAACGAACCACGACGUCACUUUAUCAUAGACGGAGUUCCCCUAUUAAAGUGGACAAAAUAAGAGAGGAAAGGCCUGCGAACUCGCAUCCUUUAGUACCAAUCCCCAACGGUGCAGCAGUCAAAGCACCUGUCACUGUACCGACUGCACCUCCUAAUCGCGAGGUGGAAAAUAUCCAACAUAGCGAGUAUCAAAUUGAGACUGACAGCUCGCCAAUAAUCGCAAACUCGCCCUUGAUGCAAGGUGCGCAUACUCAGGACCCCCGUCUGCGAGGGCGCCUUUGUGAACCCGCACCCGCUAGCGCUCCGUCCAAUUCUACAAAGAUUUUGGUCACGCACAGUCAGAGCACCAUCCUGGACGGACCCUCAUCUAUAAUCGGCCUCCUUGAUCCUAUCCAGCAACGUAUUUCUUGUGAUUAUCAAAAAAUGUAUGAGAUACACCAACGCAACUUCGUGGACUACCAGCAAGACAACGAACGGCGACAUGUCGAGGCUGGGAGAAGAUACGAUGAUCUUCAGGAGAAGCUCGUGGACGUCGAAAAGCUUAGAUCGGAAGAGAAAGGGCGCUGGGAGGCCGAAAAGAAGGAGCUUACGAAACGAUUAGAUCAUUGCAAAGCAUCGUACACCGGACAACUUGAAGAGAAGAAGACCCGCAUCGUACAAUUGGAAAAUGAUAAAGGAGUCCUUGCGCAGCAGCUCAAGCAGUCCUUUAUCGACAGAAAUUCCAUUGUGGCUAAGCUUGAAGAGGAGAAACGUGACUGGGAAGUGGAGCGCAAGAUCUUAAUGGAGAAUUUGGAAACUUGCAAACAGGAUGCGAUGGCGAGUGCGGAGAUGUUUGAACAAGAACGCGCUAACCAUGCCGAAACGCUGCGCAAGUUCGAUAAAGAGACGCAACAACUGAGGCAUGAAAAGACGAUCUUGACGUCACGCUUGAAGGACGAACGGAUCGCCAGAGAAGGGAUGAUCACCGCGAUGAGACUCAGUGGACGUGACGAACGAGAGGCCGCGAAGUUUAUUGAAGAAGAGAGGGAACGCAAGAGGUUGCGUCUCGGUUGA